AUGAAAACUCGGCCUCCACUCAAGCUCACCUCUCACCAAAGGGUAAAUCUUUAUUACUGUGUACCUUCAGAUCUCUCUUUCUCUAUAUCUGUUCAUGUACGGAGUAUAUAUAUGUGUGUGUAUAUAUAUACACAAACCCUGGGGUAUGUAAAAUGAAGCUUCAUAAGCUAUCGUCGUUCUUUUCUUCUAUUUUUUGCAGGUGGGGAUCUGGUUUAAGGGUUGUUAUUUGUUCUCCCAAUCAUGGCCGCCCCCUCUUCCUGCUUUGCCCUCCCUUCCAUCUUCAAUCUUCACCAGCUCAACUACCCAAGUUUGGCUUCAAAGGGAAACCAAAACUCCGUUCUUGCUGCUGCAACUGCAAAUCACACACUUUUCUACCAGCGGAUUAAGAAAGACGGAAGAGGAGGCAAUCUGAGGAAUGAAUCUAGCUUUCUAGGGGCCUCAUUUCAACUCAACAUUGGAAGAAAAUCUAUGCACAAGAGAAACUUGGGAGUAUCCGCAUCAUUGUUGCCAGCUUCUCAAGUUGCUAGCAGUGCAUUUACGUGGGGAACUGUAGCCGUUCUCCCAUUUUAUGCUUUCAUGGUUGUGGCACCAAAAUCCGCGUUGACCCAAAAAAUGAUGAAAAGUGGAACACCAUUUGUCGCACUUGGAGUGUUGUAUGGCUAUCUUCUCUAUCUCUCUUGGACACCCAAUACGUUAUGCCUCAUGUUCGCCAGCAAAUAUUGGCUGCCAGAGCUUUCGGGCAUAAUUCAGAUGUUCAGCAAUGAGAUGACUAUGGCUUCCGCGUGGAUUCAUCUUCUGGCUGUGGACCUUUAUGCUGCAAAGCAGGUAUAUGAAGAUGGAAUGCAGAAUGAUGUAGAGAUCAGGCAUUCGGUGUCGCUGUGCUUGCUGUUUUGCCCCAUUGGAAUCCUUGUUCAUCUCGCAACCAAAGCGGUAUCGGGCAUGAAGAACGGGAAACACACUGCUCAAUAACCAUACCCAUCCUCAUUUGAUUCUUUCUUCAUUGGCAAUGUUAGAACUAUGAACUAUCAUAUUUUGAUUUUAAUGAUCAUGCCUUCUCUUAAUAUUACUUCAUCCUAGUACAUGUUUGAUUGUUAUACCCUCUCCGUCCGGAUUUAGUCUGUG